GGCGCAAUUGAGGUUGUUUUGUUAUCUAAUAUAAGGAGCUCAUGCACCCCAAAUGCGGGGGAUCUACAUGCAUCUACCAUUAGCGGCACUACUAGUCUAGCAGUUCUACUAGCCAUAAAUUGAGUUUAGAUCCACACCAUUGACCCAGUUUCUUGAAUGUGGCAAAGCAUAUAUCAAAUCAUGACAUAAGAACGAUAAGACCAUACUCGAGAACCUCCAAACACAUCCGCAACCAUGAAGAUGAAAUGAAAUGGCACGAAAAUCUCCGACCGAAAAUGAAUCACAGUCACAAUCAUAAUCCCGAUGCUCUAAUAGUCGCUCGCUAUCAUAAGACGAAUUCGGAUUCAUGUGCAACACCGAUAUGGACUGGGAUCUUCGAUCCUUCUUUUCGGGUCUUGAUACUUCCUCGAUAUCUGGGUGUGCAGACGGCGAUUAUACCCAUUCCCUCUUCUCGGCGCAUAACGAGUUUGGAGUACGAACACGAACAACAGAAACAGCGAGAACAACAACGAGAACAACAGCGAGAACAGCAGCGAGAACAGCAGCGAGAACAGCAGCGAGAACAGCAGCGAGAAGAGCAGCAAGAAAAACAACAAUCCAAAGAAUCUGAAUCCCAAAACACCCUCUCGAGCCCGAGUCCCAUACCAAGCAUUGAUAGUUUUUGUUCCUAUUCCUAUUCCUGCUCUUCUGAAUCCUCGCAUUCCGUACCUCGUACAAGUAGUUCUUCAUCCGAUUCAUCAUAUACCUCAACUUCCCCAACUGCAGAAAACACCCAUCCCCAAGCCACCCAUCCCAGCAUCAACAUUCCAGAAGAACAAUCUCUCUAUAUCCCGCAGCUGUCUCCGGCAAGACUCGCAAGUCCAGACCACUUCUCCGAAAUACCAGAAACGCCGACCUGGACUUCGACUCCCAAGCCCUCGUUAGACAUGUUCUCGGAUUCGGAUUCGGAUUCGGAUUCAGACUGCGAUGAUGAUGAUUAUGACGAUGCCAUUGACGAUAACGAUGAGUUUCAACCGGUAAUAAAAGAUCACGGAGAGGAAGAUUCGGCAAUAUGUGAUCUCAUGGAGGGAUUUCGCAAGAUGAGUAUUUGAACUUUGAAGCAGAAGAGGUUGGAAAUUUGGAGGAUGGCAAGAGUAAGAUUAGUGGAAUGAAUGGUGGGUAGCAUGUAAGAUCUCUAUACUACUGCCUACUGUGGGAUACGAUACAAAGCGACAGCAAGCAGACAGUACCCCAACGAUCCACAACCCCCUCCGAUCGCAAUUCUCAAUUCCCAAUCCGCAACCUCUAUCCCAUCCAUCCAAGCCCUCGCCUCCACGAAGCCAAACCCCUCCUUCUCCCCCUCAACACAGAUCUCCACCACAACCCCCCCGCCUCGAAAAAAAAACAAAAAAUACAACACCUCUUUUCAAAGUUUCACAUACACACCGAUGCACGUACAUACAUAUAUCUCAGCGCAGAAGCGACAGACACGAGACAGAACGAACAACCCUAGCCGCAAAACGACUCGAAAAAUUCAAGUCGA